AGGAGGAGCAGGAAGGCAGAGGAGGAGGAGUCUGACCUGAACUUCUACCCAAGAGCUCUCAGUUUCAACAAAGCGUCUCUCUGCUACUGAAAAACAAGAUCAAAAAGGAGAUUUUUACCAGCUGAUAAGUUCGCCAGGAUGAACACAGCCCGGCUGAUCUAUGUAGCGGGGACACGACCUCCUCCUCUGCCUUCAUCUGUUUCCUCUUCCUUCUCAGUCCAGAGGAGCCUACAGUCCACUCAGCCUGUCCCCGCUGCCAGGCUCCCAUACAGGGUGAAGCUGUCUGCUGGGAAACGCUAUGCCUGGUGUGCUUGUGGGCACAGCAAGAGACAGCCUUUCUGCGACGGAGCUCACCGAUCAAAAGCACCAAAUAUAUCUCCUCUCCUUUUUACCUCCGACAAAGACAAGGCGGUGAUGCUCUGUGCCUGUAAGCAAACCAAAAGCUCCCCGUACUGCGAUGGAUCGCACUUCAAGGUCAUCAUUAGGGAUGCAGUGAAGUAUGUAAAACGUCUGUUUAAAUGAUCUGCUUUACCUCAGCACAAUCAUGCUGUCUGACAUUGUGUCACUGGUAAAUAAUAUUUGAUAAAAUAAAAAAUGCUGCCUGUCUUUAUUCAGUUAUUUUUAUUUUUCCCCCAUAGCCUUGUUCUACAGAACAUAAAAAAGGAUAAUAAGUUUAAAAUGUUUUUUCUGUUCUUGCUGGGCACCAAGAGACGUCUUAUAUUCACCAGAAAAGCAGAGUAUGAGGAAGAUUUAUGUAAAUGUACAAUUCAAAUAUGUUAUAUGAACAAUAAAAAAACUGGUGGGCAGUGUGUGUGGGGGGGGCUUUAUGUGUGUGAUUAUUAAUUAUCAAAACCCAAAAGUUGUGUUGUUUUUGUAUUUGUAAUAAACGUUCCUGAGGAAAAAUUCAAAGAAUAAUCAAUACAUGAAAUACAUUGUCGUUUAUUAUGCUGUUGUAAGUAAAACACUGCAAAAA